AUGAUGGUCAGCCUAAUAUUUUUUUCCCUUGGAAAUCCUGGACCAAUAAAUCGCCACUCAACUGGCCAUUAUAUCUUGAAACAGCUCGAAGAAGGCUUCGAUGCCCCUCCGAUGACCAGAAAAAAAAAAUACUCUAUCUCCAGAGUGGAUAAUGUCUUCUUCGUCAGGUCCAACUCCUACAUGAACGAUUCCGGUGCUCUGCUCCGGUCAUUCCUUACUGAGGAGCAUGUGCGGCAAUGUGUAGUUGUAGUUGUGUACGACGAUUUCGAGUUGAACAUGCCCAAGGUGAGGCUCCAGCAAUUCAAGAGAAAUGAAUCUCACAACGGCAUUAAAUCUGUUGCCCAAGUCCUAAAUUCUCUGGCGAUUCAAGGAUAUAAGCUCGGAGUAGGAAUCGGUCCCAAACCAGUGGGUGCAUCAAAAGAUGCAAUGGCUUCUUGGGUCCUUUCCAAGUUUUCCCGUGAAGAGAAUGAAUUGCUAGAAACAUCCAUGCAAUAUGUGUACAAGUAUGUUCACGAAAUUAUUGAGAGAGAAGGUGACAUUGGCGAUUGCGGUAAGCUCAAUGCCACCAUAACCAAAGCCAUGAGCGAAAGCUAG